AUGUCAAUUCCUGGUAUGACAUACGGCGCUGUCCUUAACACCCAUGCCAAUCGCCGUCGUGCCACUACCAAGCCUGUUGCUCCCACAACCUCAUGUUUGCCUGAAAAGGCCGCCCAGACGCCUGCUGAUGGCCGCAGUGAGCCCCAUCAGCAGAAGCGCAGUCGCAGCGAGGAGUCCCUCAGGGAAACCCCUCCUGCUAAAAUGCCUUCUCUAGUUACCGCUUCAGGGUCGCUGGAAAAAACCCGGGUGCCGGCUGCAGCCGCCAUCCCCGCACUAGCGGCCCCGGCUGUCUCUGAGCCGGUGACUGCUGCUGCCAAAGGUCAAGGUGCAGCCCUGCCGGCGCCCGUGUCCUCAGCCUCCGCACAGUCCAUGCCGGGGGCUCCAUCCGUGCCCCGCUCCCUUGCCGCUUCUUCGGGGUGGCGGAAGGUUGAGGGGUGCAGGGAGUCGCCGUUAGGAGCAUACGCUCAUCCUCCCCCACGCAAUUACAGUGCCAUAUACUCGCCAGCAGAUCCCACACAAGCUCCUUCGGGAGUGCACCACUCGAUCAGCAAGACCUCCUGA